CAUGUCAACUAUCGAUGAGAAUACUCUUUGUAAAACUAACUCCAGAAAUCACUUGCUAGAGAAGUAGCCCUUCACUGCCUUAGUCUGAGCACCAACGGAAAGUACGUGUUGAAGGCGCUGGCGAGGCCCGUGCAGCCGCAGUAGAGGGCCAGGGGGCGUGUCGUGUGCACCCGCCACAGAGGGCUGAAGGUGCUGCUAAUGGCUCUCUUGGCGUUGCGACGUCGUGGUCAGCAGUUUUUUUCCAUUCUCUCCCUCCAUUUCUUGAAUGAGUAGCCAUGAGUUGGACUGUGCCUGUUGUGCGGGCCAGCCAGAGAGUGAGCUCGGCAGGAGCGAAUUUCCUGUGCCUGGGGAUGGCCCUGUGUCCCAGUCAGGCAGCGCACAUGCCACUCAAGGGCGCCUGGCUCUUCACCCCCGUGAGCAAGAUGACGACUGUGAAGAGUGAGCUUGUUGAGCGCUUCACUUCCGAGGAGCCCGUUCAUCACAGUAAGGUCUCCAUCAUAGGAACUGGAUCGGUGGGCAUGGCCUGCGCUACCAGCAUCUUAUUAAAAGGCUUAAGUGAUGAACUUGCCCUUGUGGAUCUUGAUGAAGGCAAACUGAAGGGUAAGACAAUGGAUCUUCAACAUUUCAGGCCUUUCGUGAAAAUGCCAAAUAUUGUCUGUAGCAAAGAUUACCUUGUCAUAGCAAACUCCAGCCUAGUGAUUAUCACAGCAGGUGCACGCCAAGAAAAGGGAGAAAGGCGCCUUAAUUUAGUCCAGCGAAAUGUGGCCAUCUUCAAGUUAAUGAUUUCCAGUAUUGUCCAGUACAGCCCCCUCUGCAAGCUGAUUAUUGUUUCCAAUCCAGUGGAUAUCUUAACUUAUGUAGCCUGGAAGUUGAGUGCAUUUUCCAAAAACCGUGUUGUUGGAAGCAGCUGUAAUCUGGAUACUGCUCGUUUUCGUUUCUUGAUUGGACAAAAGCUUGGUAUCCACUCUGAAAGCUGCCACGGAUGGAUCCUCAGAGAGCAUGGAGACUCAAGUGUUCCUGUGUGGAGUGGAGUGAACAUAGCUGGUUUCCCUUUGAAGGAUCUGAACUCUGAUACAGGAACUCAUAAAGAUCCUGAGCAAUGGAAAAAUGUCCACAAAGAAGUGAUUGCUAGUGCCUAUGAGAUUAUUAAAAUGAAAGGUUAUACUUCAUAGGCCAUUGGCCUAUCUGUAGCUGAUUUAACAGAAAGUAUUUUGAAGAAUCUUAGGAGAACACAUCCAGUUUCCACCAUCAUUAGAGGUCUCUGUGGAAUAGAUGAAGAAGUAUUCCUCAAUAUUCCUUGUGUCCUGGGAGAGGAUGGUAUUACCAACCUUAUAAAGAUAAAGCUGCCCCCUGAAGAGGAGGCCCACCUGAAAGAGAGUGCAAAAACACUUUGGGAAAUUCAGAAGGAGCUGAAGCUUUAAAGUUGUCUAAAACUACCAUUCUGAAAUUAUUGAAGAUAUCAUAGAUACAGGAUUAUAUAUCAAAAUUUUGAAUAAACUUAAAUUCCUAAAAUAUGGAAACAGGAAAGUGCAUAAAGUGACUUACCUAUUUAUUUAGUCCUCCAGUUCUUUUAUUUAGAAUCCAGGUGCUGGAUGAUACUUACUUACAAUUCCUAAAGAAAGUGUUUUUGGUACCCUGAUGUAGCAGCGCUUGCCUUGUUAUAUAUGUAGUUGGCAUUUGGUUCCCAAAAAGUAGGAUGUAGUAUUUAUUGUGUUCUAGAUAUUCUGAUUAUUUUCAUUAGAUACAUGCUUUUUUCUUGCUGGCUUAUACCUAUGUUCAUUUAUGUGCUGUAAAAAAGUUGUAACUUCCUCUACAAUGUAAAAAUAAAAGU